UCCGCCAUUCCAAAACCCUAGCGCAAAUUGAUCGUCUGAAUCGCCGAAUUAGGAAAUGGCCAAGUCAAAGAAUCACACCGCUCACAACCAGUCUUACAAGGCCCACAAGAAUGGCAUCAAGAAGCCAAAGAGACAUCGCCACACUUCAACCAAAGGGAUGGAUCCAAAGUUUUUGAGGAACCAGAGGUAUGCAAGGAAGCACAACAAGAAAAACGGGGAAGUUGCAUCUGAUGCAGAAUAGACUUUCAAUCUGUAACGGUUUUUAUUUUGUAUUUUCAUCCUAGACUUUGUCUCUGAGAUUUAUAUGUUAUGUUAAAUCAAAACUCAGAUAUUGUUUUGAAGGUUUUUCUUUUAUUUAGAGAAAUUGCAGUACUCUGUUAGCAUUUUUGUUAAAGGCUGUUGAAGUGUUAAUCAUGAAUAUUUAUUUGCUCU